AUGCUAGUUCAGGUGAAGCAUAACCAACAACAGAAGUAUGUGAAGUUGGAUGAGGAUGAAGGGCAGUUUGACUUUCUGCAGUUCCAUGAAAAAGUCAUUGAGAAAUUUUGCCUGCCACCUGAUGCAAAAGUUAUAUAUAGAGAUGCAACAGGGACAGAAAUUGAUGCAGAAAUAUUCAGUGAACUUGUUGGACAAGGCAAUGUGGUGGUGACAGUUUUCUGUGAUGAUGAGUUCUCUACAUGUUCCUUGUCUUCUGUUUCUGAGAUGUCUGAUUCAAGCUUAAACUCAAAUGCAUCAACUGUAAUAGUAGAUGAGGUCCCUAGCAAGAGACGGAGAAUUGAGGAUGGUGCAUUGUCUUCUAAACAGUUGAUAGAAGAUGUGCUAAGAGCCAAGUCUGGUGGUGAAAAAGUACUACAGGAGUACCAAACAUCAGAAACCCUAACAGAUAACACAAGAAGACAAAUGAUUCACAUAUUGGUGACUCACAUGAUUGAUAAUCAUGGGCUCCAUCCUACUAAAGCAAUCCGAGAAGAGUAUGCUCUUGGGAUAGUGACACUGUUCCCUUCCCUCAAGGAUCCAUAUACCAAGAGAGGCUAUGUGGAUCAAGAUUUCACUCUCCUAUUCGAUGAUGACACGUCCUCUAGGCUGUUUCAAAAAUGGGAUUUGUUCUUCAAGCCAAAUGUCAUAAAAGAGGCUAAGUGUCUCACUUCAACACCAGAGUUGCGCCGCUUGAUGCAGUCAGCAGAAAGUCUCCCAGGAAGACCAAAGGCUCCUAAAAUUAGUGCAUGUGAUGCGGUUGAGAGACUUGUAGUCUUUCAUAAGUCAUGCUGCAGUUUGGAGGAGCAUGUCCGCAGCCAGCACGGUCGGCAGCCAUACCUUCUCACUGUUGGGCGUCAGAAGAGCAAGAUUGACAGCUUCUACAUCUCCAUGGAUAAGCACCUCGUCCCAUGCCAGGCAAACCGCUCCCUUGCGGCAUUUGAUGAACUUUUCAAAGCACAUUUUGUGUUUAAUUUGUCUUAUGAUGCUGCAUUAGUGAAUUUUUAUACAUUCCUGCAGACAACAGUAUAUAACAUUGAUGUGGGGAAGAUGAAGGAGUCACCCAGAGUUAGAGAAUUGAGAGCCAGACUGCUUAACCAGCCAGUACAGUUUUCACUCUGAGAGUAAGAGGCUAAAAUGAUGCUGACCUGUUUCAUGUGUCAGAAACUGUAUCCCAGCAGUCAGCAGUUGAUUUCACAUUUAAGAGUUACACAUGGUUACU